AUGGUUCGGACGGCAGCACCAGGAGGCGCGGGCGGCAGCCAGCAGCGGCCGGUGACGGAAGAGGAGACGCCACCCAUAGCCAUGUUCGCCGUGCCGCCUGUCUACUCGAUCGUUUGUGGCGUGCUUUACUGCCCCCUCAUGCUGUCCUACUCUAACGCCUGGAACGCGUGGGUGCGCGCGAUCAAUCGUCCGCCAACGCCGUCGGCGUCGGGGGGCACGGAUAUGCUGGAGUUGCUCACCGCUCUUUACGCGGGCCUGGCCGUGAGCCUCACGCUCGAUGGGCAGCAGCCGGGGAACAUGGAGAGCCCCAGCCUCUUUAGUUCGCUAUGGGGCAACGUCGCGGGCACCGUCAUCGCGUUCCCGCUCUCCAUCCUCACCUGGCAGCUCCACACCGACAACUGGAGAGGCUGGGGCAGCCUGGUGCCGUUCACCAGCCUCGGCAGGCUCCACUGGCGUGCCCUGCCGGCCAAGUAUUUCGAGUUACUGGCUCUGAACGUACUCAAAGUGCGGCUGGCCGAUGCGGUGACCUCGGUGACGGGCAUUGGUUGCGAACCGCUGGGAUGGCUCGCCAGCGACGUCAAGAACCACCAAGACGACCCCGAUUUCUACGACGAAAGGGAGGAACGGUCCACCGCCAGGGUGAUCGUGGACCGCGCUCGGCUUUGGGCCAUUGGCACGGUCGGCUCCUGGCUCUCCAGCCUUGUCCUUGUGGGCAUGCAGGUGCCGGCGGCGAUCGUGUGCCAUCGCAUGCUGGCCGAGCCGGGCCGCUUUGGAUCGGUGGUGGAGUGCGUGCGGCACAUCUGGGCGAGCGAAGGCCUGAGCGGCUUCUACCGCGACCUGCCCCUCUUCAGCCUCCUGAUCAUCAACGAGCUCAUGUGA